GGGUUGCAUACAUUUUGACACAUCCUUGCUUCCAUACAACGGUCGCUUUCGGGCUGAAUGAUUUAAAGGCAUCACUAAUCGAACACCGAUUCAAUUGUCUUCUUCCACGCUCCACGGUUGCUGUCGCUAUCUCAAAACUUUCAUUUAGCUUCUCCAAAAUGGCUAAAGCAGUCAAACUAAAUACUGGUGCAGAAAUGCCUAUUGUGGGACUGGGCACGUGGAAGUCCCCGACAGGAAAGGUGACAGAGGCUGUGAAGGCAGCCAUCGCUGCCGGAUACCGUCACAUCGACGGAGCCUAUGUCUACCAGAACGAGGCGGAGGUGGGUGAGGGUGUUAAUGCCAUGAUCAAGGAGGGAGUGGUCAAAAGAGAAGAUCUGUUCAUCGUCAGCAAGCUGUGGUGCACCUUUCACGAGAAACCCUUAGUGAGACAAGCCUGUGAGAAAACUCUCAGCGAUCUCAAACUGGAAUACUUAGACCUUUACCUUGUCCACUGGCCUAUGGGGUUCAAGUCUGGCGGCGAGCUCUUCCCGCUAAACAGCGACGGAGAGACGAUUAGCGACAACACGCACUUCCUGGAGACGUGGGAGGCCAUGGAGGAGCUGGUGGACGCCGGUUUGGUCAAAGCUAUCGGUAUCUCCAACUUCAACAAGGAGCAGAUCGAAACCAUCCUCAACAAACCCGGCCUUAAAUAUAAGCCUGCUAACAACCAGGUGGAGUGCCAUCCAUAUCUCACCCAAGAGAAGCUUAUCAACUACUGCCACUCUCAGGGCAUUUCAGUCACCGCCUACAGCCCCCUGGGAUCUCCAGACAGGCCCUGGGCUAAACCAGAAGACCCCUCCCUUAUGGAGGACCCCAGCAUCAAAGCCAUCGCAGACAAACACAAGAAGACUCCUGCUCAGGUGUUGAUCCGCUUCCACAUCCAGAGAAACGUCAUUGUGAUUCCCAAAUCCAUCACUCCUCAACGCAUCCAGGAAAACUUCCAGGUGUUUGACUUUGAGUUAACUGAGGAGGAAAUGAAGACUAUACUGGGGUUCAACAGGAACUGGAGAGCCUGUCCAAUGCACUGGGGUGUAAAACACAAGGACUACCCGUUCAACGCUGAAUUCUGAGAAAGAAGAAGCUGAUUUUCCACAUCUGCUUUAAAAACUUCAGUUCUGCAGACUUUUCUUGCUUUAUUUUUGUAACCAAGACAUCCUCAUUUACUCUAAAACAUGGCGGCCUGAUCCUGGUCCUCAAGAUUUACCACCCUGCUUGUUUUCCAGUUCACUGGACACACCUGAUCCAGGUAAUCGGCAGCGUGUUGGUAGAGCUCGAGGACCAGGAUUGAGGAGCCCUACUCUAAAAGCCUCACAAACACUAAACAUUUAAACUCCAAAAAAAACAUUUACAUAUCAUUUGAAUCCAAGUUUUUUCUUUUUUUUUGUUAUUAUUCUUCUGCAGUAAUAAAAUGACUGAUUACUAUGA